AUGCACCAACUCAAUCCUUGGCGUCCUCGCAAACUAUUCAUAGGUCGGGCAAUCGCGCUCAGACUCGCCAGUGAAGGAUGCAACAUUGUAGUGGCUGCUAAAUCGGUCACUGAGAACCCUAAGUUGCCUGGGACGAUAUUUACAGUCGCAAAAGAAGUCGAGGCACUGGGUGUAGAGGCCUUGCCUUUGCAGGUGGAUAUCAGAGAUGAGGCUAACGUCGAGAAGGCUGUGCAGGAUGCGGUGCAUAAGUUCAAGGGCAUUGACAUCCUGGUGAACAAUGCAUCGGCCAUUUCACUAACAGGUACACUGGAAACACCCAUGAAACGCUACGAUCUUAUGCACAGUAUCAACGGCCGGGGAACGUAUAUGGUUUCUCAGAAGUGCCUGCCGUAUCUUCUCGAAGGGACCAACCCGCACAUUCUGAAUCUCUCUCCGCCCUUAAACUUCGAAGAAAAGUGGUUCAAGCCUCACGUUGCGUACUCCAUUGCCAAAUACAACAUGUCGCUGUGCGUGCUGGGUAUNUAA